AUGUUAUGCUUGUGCGAUCAGUUUCCAAGUCAUUUCGAUUACAGAUUUUAUGGUUGUGGUGUGGCAGUACCAGAGAAAUUAGAAGGAUUGAAAGUGGUAGAUCUUGGCAGUGGAUCUGGAAGAGAAUCGUUUAUUAUCAGUAGUUUACUUGGUCCUAAUGGUCAAGUUAUUGGUGUUGAUAUGACUGAAGAUUUGGUUAAGACAGCCAAUAGUUAUAUAGAUUACCAUAAAGAUAAAUAUAAACAAGACAAGGCCAAUGUUGAAUUUAAAUUGGGAUUUGUUGAGAAAUUACAUGAAAUUGGUAUUGGCCCUGAAUCACAAGAUGUUUUAGUAUCUAAUGGAGUGAUCAACCUAACACCAGAUAAGAAAGCAGUUUUAGCAGAAGCCUAUCGUGUUCUCAAGUUUGGUGGGGAAUUAUAUUUUACUGAUGUCUAUUGUAAUAUGGUUUUAUCAGAAGAAGUUCGCAAGAAUCAGUAUUUAUGGGGCCAGUGUAUAGCUGGUACAUUAUGGUGGAAGAUCCUGUUUGAUUUGGCAAAGGAGGUUGGUUUUUCACAACCUAGAUUGGUAGAAGUGGCACCAGUACCCAUCUGUAAUCAGAAAUUCAAGGAUUUACUCGGUGAUGCUAGGUUUUUAUCAGCCACCUAUAGACUUUACAAACUUCCUGAAAAACAAUGUCCUCCAGCUAUACUCCAAUAUCAGGGUGAUAUACCAGGCUGUGAAAAUUACUUUAAACUUGAUGUUAGAAAUGUAUUUCCGACCGGAGAAUUGAGGCCAGUAGAUGGAACUGUAGCUUCGAUUAUCACCAAUAGUCGAUUCAAAAACAACUUCAAGAUCAUUGACAAUCAGGUUGGUAUUUUCAAAUUUGAAAUUAGUUCGGCCUACCCGUAG